GAAUUUCUCUCUUAAAAUCCUUCCUCCCCAAGUAAACGUCCAAACAUGGUUAUAUAAACCCCUCCCAUUUCUCCUCUCUCUGACGCACUCUACGUUCAAUCCCAGUCCUUCGCCAAUGGACGACGCCGAGCAAUCUCCACCUUUAGAUCUCCGCGACCUCAAAGCCCUCUCCGUCCUCGGCCGAGGAGCCAAAGGCAUCGCCUUCCUCGUCCAGACGCGAUCCCCCUCCACCGAAACCCUAGCCCUUAAAGCCAUCUCCAAAUCCAAAAUCGAGAAGAAGAAAUCCGACGACGCCUACCGUCGGAUCUGGUUCGAACGCGACGUACUGAAGACGCUCCACCACCCUCUCCUUCCCAACCUCCAUGGCUUCCUCGAGACGGAGAAGAUCGUCGGGUUCGUAAUCCAGUAUUGUUCCGGCGGGAAUCUCAGCGCACUGAGGAGCAAACAGACCGAGAAGAUGUUCUCAGACGACAUUAUACGGUUUUACGCGGCCGAGUUAGUCAUCGCAUUGGAGUAUUUGCACGGAUUGGGAAUCGUCUACAGAGAUUUGAAGCCAGAGAACGUUCUAAUCCAAGAAAACGGCCAUUUGAUGCUGAUCGAUUUCGAUCUCUCCACGAAAAUAACCGUAAAAUCGCCGGAGAAUCUCCCGAUUCAUCCGAAGAGAUCGGAAAAUCGCGUCGAGAAAGCAGUCCCCAUCAAGAAGAACCGCUUCCCGCUGUUUUAUUGCUGCAGUUCCGGCAUUCAGGAGGCGAACCCGACCGUCGCCCCCGUCAGAGUGGGCAAUAACUCGGUGGAGUCGGCUAAUUCGGGGAAGUCGAACUCGUUCGUGGGGACGGAGGAUUACGUGGCGCCGGAAAUCAUCCAAGGGAACGGCCACGAUUUCUCCGUGGAUUGGUGGAGCCUGGGCGUAUUACUCUACGAGAUGCUGUACGGUCAGACCCCAUUCCGUGGAUGUAAUCGGAAGGAGACGUUUUACCGGAUUCUGACAAAAGCGCCGGAGUUGGUCGGAGAACAGACGCCGUUGAGGGAUUUGAUUCGGAGGUUGUUGGAGAAGGAGCCGGAGAAGAGGAUUUCCAGCGACGGCAUAAAGGCGCAUGAAUUUUUCAGAGGGGUAGACUGGGAAACGGUUCCGCGAAUAUCGAGGCCGCCGUAUAUUCCGGAAUGGAGGGCAGAUGUGGAAGAGACGGAGGGUAUUUUGGAAAUUGAUAUGGAGAAGUAUGCAGAGAACGUUUUUGGUGUAACUGAUGACGCGGAGAAAGACAGGUCGUUGGAGAAGAGUAAGAGCGUUUGGGUGGAUGGUUUGAGCCAUCCUCCAAAUACGGCUGAUUUUUCGAUUUUUUGAAUUUAUUUUAUUUUUUGAAUUU